AUGCUGGCGUAUGGCGUCUGCGCUGACUCGACCGACGAGUACUGUCGCCUUGGUGAAUCAACAGCCAUCGAAUCCGUGAAGCGCUUUGCAAGAGCUGUCGUCUCAGAGUUCGGCCCCGUGUACCUGCGCGAGCCGAAUGAAGAGGACGUCGAAAAACAUCUCGACCUCAACGAAAGUCGUGGGUUCCCUGGGAUGUUUGGUUCUAUUGAUUGCACCCACUGGGAGUGGAAAAACUGCCCUGUUGCCUGGCAAGGCCAAUAUCAAGACCGCUACGGGAAGCGGUCUAUGAUAUUGGAAGCGGUUGCGACGCAAGAUCUGUGGAUUUGGCAUGCGUUUCUGGGGGCUCCAGGGUCCAACAACGACAUUAACAUUUUGGACAGUUCGACGCUGAUGGUGAAUCUGGCUAAACUUGCAACUUCCAGUGAUGGAUUUUCGAAAAGUCUGAGCAGUCCUUCAACGGAGAAGGAAGAGUACUAUUGUGAACGACAUGAAAGUGUUCGAAAGGAUGGCGAACGUUGUUUUGGGGUCUUGUUUGGACGGUUUCACAUUCUGGCCAAUCCCAGCCAAUUGUGGAGUCGUGACCACAUGCGCGUCGUGUGGCUUGCUUGCAUUUGCUUGUACAACAUGAUCAUCGAGGACGACAACACCAUGGAGCACCACCCCAAUGCAUCGAAAUGGGAUAACGACCUGGAGCGCAGUCGACCUCAGCAGCCAUUGUCCUUCGACGGUUAUUUGCAUCAACGUUCAGCCAUGGUCGACUCCGAUACACAUGAUCUCCUGCGUCAAAGCAUCAUCGAACAUUUGUGGACAGAGCGUGGUAACAUCUAG